AGUGCAGUCACAAUUGAGACGGUUAAAAAAUAGACCAGUCGCGAUAAGCAGCAGAUCUCGGCUGUUAGCGGAGGGAAAACACAGGAGGUCCUCGGUAAACAGACGACGAUUAGCCACCGGAAACGGCACGUGAUGGAUUUAUUUCACUAUUUCGCCGCUGUCGGAGUGUCUCUAGGCUGACUGCCAAGCAAGUGAGUUCAACCGAGUUUAUUUUUUCCCACCUGUCCGGAGUAACAGUCAUAUCGAGUAGCUGAACUAGAUCCUCAUAGUAAGUUAACCGACCCAGUAAGUUUCCAGGAAAGUCCGAGUUACUCGGGGAACAGGACUGUACAUGAAAAGUACUUGUUCCUUUUCAGGAAAACUCAAGAAAGAAACCAGAAACGCAGUAGGAAGAACAGACUAUGACAAGACGUAGUGCCGUGGCAUUUGUAAAGCAGUACUAUCUUUAAAAAUACAGCAUUAUUCUGCUUUAGGGCUAAAUGACUAACCUUAAUGAAUUAAUGGACUUACCUGUUUCGAGGUUAAAUGCAGUAAAUAUUUAAGCUGCCUAUCAAAUAUAAAGAUGUGUUUAUGAUUAACAAUAACUUGAGCGAGACUGAAAGCACUUCGGGCUCUUGGAAGGGACUGAAUCAGAAACUAAAGUAAGACAUUUUUGUAGCUAUUCUCAAUCAAAAAGUGUCACAUCGAAUGCAGGGGUGUCAAAACAUGUGGCCGGGGUGGACUACCCAGUUAAGUCUCGACCACUAAAUAGAGUUAAAAUCCAAAAUGCAUUUUCAUUCUUGGUGAGCUGUGCCAGCAAUCUCUGGGGGUGAAAAUAUCUGGGAAGUUAAAAAAAAUUGUUUUUACAGAUUCCAGCAUGUUGUUUAAACCUUAAAGAUGGAAAUGUUUGUCAAUAUUUAUUUUAUUAGCCAUAUAUAGCCAAGUUUGAGCACUAAAAUCACUGCAUAAUAAUCAACAUAGAAAAAGUUCAAUAAUCUUUCUUGCUGACCAUCCUAAGAUGCCCUGAAAAUAAGUCGCAUAUCACUGUAAACACAUUCUUCCCUUAUUCUAACUUCAAAAUAGGAAUGAAUAAAAAAUUCAAAAAUGUGUUUACUUGUACUGCAAUGCAUUUCAUUUAGGAACUGGAGUAAAUAGGACCUAAUUUGAGCCUUUAAGCCUAUGAAUGUGAAAAUACGGAGAUAAACUGUUGAAAUUUCACAAACAUGUAGGUUGUCAUUAAGUGAUUAAACAAGUGAUCCACUUAUGAUCAACUAGGGCUGUAUGUACCCUUGAGUUAAAAUGAGCUUGACCUCCCUGCUUUGGACAAUCUGUAAAAGUAGCACAGAGCAAAGUUAGUUUUAAACUUGGUGUUAAUGUUAAACCUGGACAAACAAGUUCCCAAUAUAACUGUCUGUUCUUCCUUCUCUGUCUGUUCUCUGCCUUUUUUUGCUGUGUAUGCACUUCAUGAUCAAAUUUCUGAAUCACACGAGCAACAUUUUCCAAGGGUUUUUCUGCACAGAUGUGUGUGCGUCAGCCCUGUACCAGUGCUAUGUUUAGACAGAAACAUCCAAACCACACUUAGGAUGAGCAUUCCUUAUCAGUCAUGGUGAAGUUUCUGACUGGUCUGUUAUGGAAUUACGAAUACAAAGUGGAUAAAACAAAUGUAAAGGCGCCAAAAUUAACAGUAUUAGUUUUAACAUGUUGUUAAAAUUACAUCUGUCCAGUCUAUGAUAUUUAUUUGAAAUUGCUGUACUAUAGAUCAGGGGUGUAGCCCAUACUGAUUUGAAUACAGUAAGAAAAAUAAAAAGGGACUCAAAAGGUCAACAGAAACAUGGUGCAGAAACGUGUCUAAUCAAUUCAUUUUGGUAGAGCUGAUAUUUUCUCUUAGAAAAUGUACAUUUUUCUACGACAGUGUGCUGUACAAUUCAUCUAAAUUCUGUAUCAGCAUUAAAGUAUACAUGAAAUGUAAUCAUUCACAGACAUAAAUGUGACAAGUGAAAAGCCAGCCAAAGAAAAAUACAGAGAAUCCCAGGUGUGUACAAAAACAGCCAAACUUUCCAAUGCUAUCAGUGUUUGUUAUCUUGGCUUCAUUGUCUGAAAAUAUAUCUCUUAAAACAUAGUCUGACAAUUUCAGUUUAUUAUACAGUCAUUCAUCUUUAAGCUCCAAAUAGACAGCACCCUGUUUUUGACCACACACCUGAGGGAGCAACCUGGCCAGUCAACCAGCAAAUUUUACCCCCUUAGUGUCCCUUAGUGACUUUUCCAACUUUGGCCUGUGACGAUAAUGCUGUGUGAAUUGUGAUGAUUAAUGGUUUCGCAUAAACCUAGUUUAAUCAUUCAUGAAUGAGAUACUAUCGUAGCUAGCUGCACUGAGUAGGAGAUUCUCUGUAUCUCAUUGUACAAGUGUAUAGUGACAGUAAAAGGCGUUCUAUGCAAGUGACUGUUUAUUAAUUAUUUACUAAAUCACAAUAAUUCCAAAAAUGGACACAGUGUGACAUCUUAAAGUUAAAAAGUUUAAAUAGCCCAAUGGCCGUGAUGAUCCGCUUGGUAAAGUAAAUCCGUUGGGUAUCUUUGUUGGCCUUUCAGACAGCAAUUCUGACAGCUAAAGAACCAAACGCAGGGCUCGCAAAAUCGCUAGCCCGACGUGCCGGAGCUAGCAAUAUCUCCGGUCGGGCGACCAAAAUCUAUCUCAGCCCCGUCCGUUGGGUUAUCAUAUAGCCCGAAAAAAAAGUUCAUAAAGAUAAACAGAAAAACAAACAUUUUUAAAUAUAUUUUUUGUACUUUUUCUAACCUAGUUUUUGCCUGCUGCAGAACAUAAUAUGAAUAACCGCAAAGACACAUUCAUUAAUAUGAAUGACCUUUGUAUCUGAGUGAGACUGUUUUUUGUUUGUGUUGCUAAGUCGGUCUUUAAUACCAUCACAGUACAGACCUGCAUCACUGAGGGAAGAAAAGCUCUGCUAAUAUUUACUAUUUAUUAACACAUUUUUGUACAGCAGUGUUUCUCACACAGGCUUUAUUUUGGAGGCCACUGAAGUGUAUCUUAAAAUUUAUUUUAAUUAUUUCAUUUGUUUCAGUGGAGAAAAUUGCAUUCAGUUGUACUGUGUGGAAGUCCUCAUUCUCCCCAUUCAAACAGCACCUCAUCUUCUUUAUGUUUUCCUACUUGUAGGCUGAUCAGGUUGAUAUUUUGGCAGCCCCCAGGCCUUCAUCCAGUAGUUUAAAAAGGUCCUACUCCACCAUUUUGGUAGAAUAUCGACUGCAGGCUUCUGUAACACUAAGGAGUUCAAUACAGUGGAGCUGGAGACCAUCCACGGGUUACGAAGCUUAAUAGACAGAUAGCUAACUACUUAAGAAAGUGUGAGGGUACCUCCUUUAGUAUAUGUGUCCUCCGCAAGUAACAGCUUUCAUUGUUUCUCUGUGGAGGGUGAGGAACUGUUACGGUUUCCUUUUAGGUGUUUGGGCUUCAUCCCAUGUGCACUAUAGAUAGCCACACAUGACUAUUGUUUGCAGUUUUUUUGCACUGUUGUGAAAUAUAACAGAAGGUUGUUUUGAGUUUAUUAUAGUUUCUUCCAGUGGCUAUUUGCAUAAAUGGCCAAUUAAAAGAAUACUUCUUUUCAUGUCUACUCCGGAGCAGGAAGUGAACAAACUCAAGUGUCCUUUUAAUUGAAGGCUUGUGACCUUGACCCUAGAUUAAUGUGUCGCCUCAUCUAAUCCAUACCACCCAAAUUCUUCAUUAAUAUUCCAGACAUCAUGGGGAGUAAGCAAAUUAGUGGCUCAAGGAACAUGGAAAGGAGUGAGGGUUAUUUACUUUAGGCUUGAUGUUACUUAAGGGUUUCUUCCUCGUAUACUACAGUGGAGAGAGUUCACACAAGUACAGAAGUACAUUUGCUGCAUAUGCUGCUUUUUUGCUCUGAGUUGAAUUCAUACAUUUGGCUUUUCAGCCGUCUUCCUCUUGUUUCAAGGUCAUUAAUUUAAGCACAUCCUGAAACUGGAGAUCUGGCAAUACCCAGGGGUGGUGCUAAUUAUGGUGGCAUCCCAAUAGAUCUGUACUAUAACCACAUUAUCGUUAACACAGAAAUCUGCAAGGCCCCAUUUAGACAGCCAGUCACACAGCCUGAUAAAUAUAUCUUUGCACGAUUUUGGGGUGAUUCUUGGCGUGAUUGUGCGUUAACUGCCUCCAUGAAAGGCUUGUAUUGUAAAAUGUAUUCUGAAACUACUCUUAAUAUUGUGAUAAUUAAACUGACUAAUGAAGAAACCAGACACUGAAGCUAAACGGAAAUGGGCAAAUUCAAGUGAACUGAAAACAAAAACAAACCAAGGGAAAUCAAAGGCCUUAUGCAAAACUGUGCUUUUUGAGCUGGAGAAAAACCUUGAACAUCUUUUGCCAGGAAAAAGAGUUCUAAAUUACAAUUAACAUUGUUCACAUGUGGCAAAGUAUAAGGAGCCGAACAGGUAAAACAGUACCUUUAUAACAUUUGUCUGGAAUUUCAUUCCUUUUUUUCUAUUUAUAUAUUGGACCCACAACAGGGAUCAACUCACGGUGGAGUGAGCCAUAAAGUCAGUCAUACAGUGGCAGAGCAGCUCAGAUCUCUCUGCGCAUCCAGGAUCAACUUGUCUGACUUUUUGUAUUCUGCACAAGACUGUCAAAAUCAAACACACAAGCCUCUUCUCCUUUUCCUUACAUCAGCCUCAAAACGGAACCUUUCAAUGUUAGCCCCGUUAAACCGCAAAGGUUGAGACAUACUGCUCAAACAGAGAUUCCGGAAUGGCUGCUUGUUCAACUUUUUGUCACAUGAAACGGAGUCGUUUCACAAUACCAGGGUUUCUUAAUCACUAAUAUGAAGAGAUAUGCAUUUGCACACAAGUUAGCACCAGCUAUAAAUUGCUUUGUUGCCGCUGUUUCCCAAGAUCCAUUAAAAACAGCUUACUGAGUAGACAGAAUUAAUCCAUAAUGUUACAGUCCGUGGUCGCUCCAGAAUAUGGCAAAUACAUCAGUGGGCUUAAAAAGACAUUAAUGAUAAUGGGAGGAAAACUAAAGUGAUGCCAGUAUAAUAGCCAGGACACUCACAGAACUGCCUAAUGUAAGUGAUGACUUGCAGGAUGAUGGCACACUGAGGAAACUAAAGACAGCAUUUCUGACUGCAUUUAUGGUGGUAGUUCUGUUCCAGCACACUCUGAGGUUAAAUUCUAGAAUCUAGCUCCAUUCAGUCAGUGGAUAUGUCUACAGCCUUAGCCAACUGAGUUGUACUACUUUGUCUUUAUCUGGGUCCUACGUUUAUGCUGUCAAUAGUACUCUAAAAGAAGCCGAGCCAUUUUACGAAGUUAAAGUUUAGACUGCUUUGUAUCCUUGGCUUUAUUUGUAUAUGAAAACCACCUGGAGAAAGUUUGAAGGUGCGUUUUCAUUUCAUGUCAUUUCAUUUAUUUAUUUAUUUCACACUUGGUUCAACAGUUUUAACAGUUUUGUCCUUUCAUACACGCAAACCAUGCUUUUUCUCGGUAUAACACUGUAACAAUGCGUGAAAAGGAGCAGGAAGAAGAAAAUAUUCUUAUUAAACCCUGCCCCUAUCUGCAAUCCAACUAAUAUUACAAGUGGGCACCAUAAACCAAGGAACACACUAACAUUUAUCUCCAGAUCCUAAUGCACACCAAACAUCAAAUUUACAAUCAGCAAUAUACCACUUCAAAUAAUAAUAAGGAGAAAAAAUAAAUAAAUAGAAUAAAAUAAGGCGAGAGAAAGCGUGAGAGAGGGGAGGGAAAAAAAAAAAAACCUUCUUCAAUUAACUCCAAUUUGGUUCAUAUUCUUCAUAUUGAAUUAUCGUUUUAGACGUGUAAGACUUUUUAAAACAAUGUAAAUUUGUACAGUUCUUUAGAUUAUAAUGAGAGUUCCACAGUCGUAUACCCCUAACUGUUGGACUCAUUAAUCUUUGUGUAGUCCUAGUUAGUUGAUGCUUAAAAUGAAAUUUCCUUCUGCUGUCUUCACCCCCCGAACACAUUGAAAAGAAACUUUGUAACGUGAAAGGCAAAGUAUUAUUUUUAGCCUUAAACAUAAUUAAUAGUGUCUGUAGUUUCACUAAAUCUCCUCAUUUUAAAACUUACUGUUGAACUGUUGAAGUUAAUGGUUCACAACAUAGUUCUUGUUGAUGGUUUAUAGUUGUCCGCUUUUAAAAGUAAAGAUUUUGAUGCCCACUUUUUUAGCAAAAGAAAUUCACAGAUUUUUAAGUUGUUGUUUUUUGUAAGUAGGGCUUAAUUUACUGAAGGUUAGAGUAAUACUUUAUUAAACUGAUAAAAGAUCAUUGGAAAAUGUAUCAUCUUCUCCACUUACGCAUGUAAGUUCAUAUUAUAAGCUGUUACUUUCAAUGGAAAUGUGAAUUGUUGCAUCCUUAAUGAGUCAUCUUGUUACUGUUGUAUUCCCCUGUUCCAUUAAGUCUUUGUCAUGAGGUAGCUUUUAGCGGUCUGGUAACAGGAACACUGGAGUUGGGCAACAUAUGAGUGGUCAACAACUCACACAAACUCAAAAUAAAAAAGAUAAUGGAAACUAAAUUGUCAGUGGCUAUUUUGUCACCCAAUUAAUUUACAAGCAUUGUUUCUUGGUGAAUCUUAUGGAAAAUCUAAACUAUUAUUAAAAAUGCUCAAUAAUAAAACACUUAGAAAUGUGAAAACAUCAGUUCCCUUUUGACAACAGUCAUUGUGUGAACCAUUGUCUUUGUGCUUCCCGUCUUCGCCACAUAACCACUUCCUGGCCUCAGUUCCUAAGAAUCUGUAUCCAUUUAGCCAUUCAUAGUAACUAUGUAGAUGCAAUACCAGCUAUAGGAGUUCGCUAAUGCACAAGAACCAGACAGAUAUUUUCAAGUUGAGACCACAUGGCUUGUCAUUUGUAUUGUUUCUAGGUGGAUUUAAGGUCUUCCAUAUAUUUCAAAGUAGGUUCGAUAUCACAGGUCAUUCAAGGAUUCCAGCCUAAUGAUGUCUGAGUUAUGGACUUUCUCCCUUAUUUAAUUAUACAUGGAAAACUAUAAUCUUGUUAUCAUAAUGUGAUUCUGAUCUCAUCUGACAUAAAGAAAAGUUGUGCAUGCACAAUGCAAAAGCUUCAAAAAGAUUUUUUAGCAAAAAAGCAUGCAGCUCACCAUGUCAUGUUAGGAGCCUGAGAAGUAUACAUGGCGAGGUGGGUGUGGCUGUGCUGGCACGCACAUAAUAACAUGGGUUAAAUAGUGACUUUAAUAAAACUAUCAGGGGAUGAAAAGAAGGGUAGAUUUAUAAGAAAACCUUGAGAUAUUGGUGGUGUUUAAUUAUGUGUAAUGUAAAGUUAAAACUAAAGCUUAGCAGUCAUCUGAAUCCAUACACGCUUUCUUCACAAUUUAAAUGUGCAGGUGCAAAAUUACUCGUUUUUAUCGUCUUCCUCGGGAGAUGUGAUAACAUUGUCACUUGAUCAGCUUAAAGAGUCCAUUUCCUUUCUUGCUGCAUUAGCAUCAGAUGCAUAAUUUCUGUAAACAAAGCUACCAUUUAGUUUUUUUUUCUUACUGGCAAACACUUUCUAGGAUGUCUCACUUCAUUUUUACAAGCUUUAUAAUGUUUAAGAUGUACACUAUAAUCCCUUGAGACAGAGAUCUUCGGUUAAUCUCUUUGUUUUUCUCAAGGAGUUCCUGUCAUUAUUUGCAAUUAGCCAUGUUUUCACUGAAAGGCUAUCUGUCAUAGUUGCAGGGAGGGUCUUGUCAAUGCUAAAGACUGGAAGUUCAUGAUUCAUUUUGCAGAGUGCACUUCAUCUUUGCUCAUCAGGUCACACUGGAGUGACACUACCUAAGUUCAGUGUGUGCUGAGUGUGAGCAAAUGACUAGCAGGUGGCUUAAGUGUAGCCAGGGUCACAAGUAUUUGUUGAUAAUGAGAAAUUCCAGUCUAUUUUAAGUUCCAGUGCUAUUGUGAGGCAGUGAAUGUCUCAUUUCCCGAUCUCUAUACUGUAGCUUAGAAAUGGUCACUUUAGCAUUACUAGGAGAAAAAAAGAACAUUUCCUCAGGUUGUUUUGAGAAUAAAUGUGCAGAGCUUGAGAGCUGUUCUUCGCCCUGUAGAACCCACCCCAUAGCCAUAUUUGGAUAAGGAAAUUAGUGUUCCUGAUAUUAGUUCAGUUUUUGGACUUUUGUUAUUUUAGGAUUGUUGUUGUUGUUGGGUCUCAUGUACAAAACCAGGAACUUAAUCCCACCCUGUGUACUUCAAGGACCUCUUGCUUGUCUCGGUGCAUGCUCAAUCAUCGAGGUAAGUAAAACCCUAAAGGUUGAUUCUGUUUGUCUGGACGUAGCGUUUUCAGUGGGAGAAACGUUUUGUCACUCAUCCAAUUAACUUGGAUGAUUAACAGAAUCAAUUUUUUGGGACCUCUAGGUUGAAAUAUUUAGGUUGUUAUUGUGGUUUUAUAGUAAUUCUGAUCAGGAUGACUGGGAGAUUUUUCACAGAAUGUCCUCUAAGGUUAGUUAUGCAUGUGUUGCAUUUUAAUAAAACCAACACAGCGAUCAGAACCAACAAAUAAAAUUAGGAGACUGUCUCACAUCAAUGGAAAAUUCUGAGAAGGAGGCAUGACAUUUGGUGGAUAUAUUCCAGCUCAGACAGUCCCUCUUUAAGUUGCAGCCUUCAGGCUAUUUAUGGCCCUCCUCUCUUUGCACCAUGUCCCCAUUAGGCCCACAUAUUUCGUACAGUAAUAUCUUAGUCUUGUAUGAAGUAUUACUCCCCAAAAAAUUAUCUUUGGUAGUUUCAACCUACAAAGGUGAAGAGAGUCUGCUCAACAAUUUACAAUCCAUGGAUAAUGAUGAUUCAUAUACAAAGGUAAUUCAAAGUGCUUUUAUAAUGCAUUAGGCAUAUACAAUGUCAGAGAGAUAAAAGGAAAUGAUGAACUUCUAGAUGCAUACUGUCAAAAUGUACUUGAGAUGAUCCUGACUGGGGACAGGCAGUAAUCCUCUUGUUGAGUAUCAUCAGUAAUUAUCAUGCUUUAUUUAUAUAACCCAAGAUUCAUUUUGUAUAGCUUCAUGGGACAUUUGUUUAAACAAAAAUCUGUGACAGUGUUCCAGUCAGAUCCAUUUUUAGCUUGGUAUGGGUGGCUGUUGCGUUCCUUUCCUUGACUUUUAUUGUUGCUGAAUUUAUUAAGCAGACCACAGAGAGGUACAUCAAGAACAGUGGCUCUGUCACCUCAAAUCAUUAACAGGUUUUCUGCUCAGUUUCUUUAUGUGGUGGAAAAACUGUUUUUGAUCCAGAGGAUGCUGAAAACUCCACUCGCUCUAGAAGGAAAAACUUAAAACUGGGACCUGCCCAUUGCUUUGCCAGAUCUUGAUGGCCAGUUUUCACUGCGAUGCAUUGCCACUGGUAACACCCACAGAGGAAAUCGUUAAAUGUGAAACCAAAAUAUCGUAAGUGGUGCCAGAGACGAGACGUUUUACCUUCAGCAUAAACACUGGUCAGAAAAAUUAAAGGGAAGUUGCAAUAAAUAUUCGUCCCUUAAGUCAGGUGCAUGCUCCUCUAAAUGGUUAGACUCUUUAUCUUUAAUUUUUUUUUAGCCUUUAUCAAUUGAAGGUUGAACUUUGUCCACAGACCUGACGUGGCCUGUGGAGGAGACUUAUCUGUUAUCACUCGCACACAGCAGUUAGCAGCCUGAGCCUUUUAGGCUUCUCUGCCCUGCUGACCUGUUUCACACAACUUUGGGAGGAUUGCAACCGUGAGUGUGUAGGACAUGUGUUCUGCAACCGUGAGUGUGUAGGACAUGUGUGCUAACCAGACCUGCUGCAAAACAAGCCCACAAAUAUCAACCAGCUAGUGAAGAGGAUGUCCUAGAUACAUUUUCUGUUUUUGAGUUCCUAAAAAUGAUGAAGUUUUACGUUGAGAAGGGCGUGGCUGAUCAGUGGAGCUUCAUUAGUUGUGCAUUCAUCUGAAUAGUAAUGGCAGUUAACGGUGCUUUAACCUCACUGUUAAAAAUGUAAUUAGUGUUUUCAUCUGCAGUUAGUACGAAAAGCCUAGCGGCAGUAAAAUGAGACAGAAGUGAUUGGAGAUGUCAGCUUCAGCGGGGUCAGACAGGUCCUUAAAGUAAAAAGAGAUUCAGUCUUUUCUCUGCCUCCUCCCCUUCCCGAUCCCUUUUCCCCAUUGGCUGUUGUCCCCAGACAGUGCACAAAAGUAUGGGGUAAAAGUGCUGAGGAGACACCAGGAGAACAAGAGCUGAAGAGGCCCACUCACCUGCACAGGUGUCGGCGUGUGCGGUAAUCUGUCAUGGGGCUGCUGCCAAAGAUGAGGCUUAAGGUUGUGGUGUCACUGACUAUGGUCAACCUCUUUAUCUUCAUCCUCAUCUCGCGGAACAUCAACCAAGACAAAAGUGGACAUCAAAAGAUUCUUAUCCCUUCCAAACGCUUCUGGGCUAAAGUGGCUCCCAGCUCGGCCUACUGGAACCGCCAGCAGCAGAUUCUGGACAUUCACAGCAAUCACAUCAUCAUGACGAACCGCAGCAGCGACAUCCCUGAGUGGCUCAAUGACACCAGUUUGACAUCCAACGUCUGUCAGCCUAACCUCAGGGUGACCACUCAGGUAAAAGAUUACAACUCCCUGCUGCCCCGCUUCAAGGACUUCCUGCUUUACAUGCGCUGCCGCUCCUACCCGAUCAUUAUGGACCAGAUGGAUAUCUGCAAGGAGCCACCGUUUCUGCUGCUGGCUGUCAAAUCGCUGGUGCCUCACUUUGAUCGCCGCCAGGCCAUCCGCCAGUCCUGGGGAAAAGCAGGCGUAUUAGCCAAUCGGACAGUGGUUACCAUUUUCCUCCUUGGUAACGCAACACCUGGAGACCACCACCCAGAUCUGUCUGGUAUGCUGCAUUUUGAGAACGCCCGCCAUAAAGACAUCAUCCAGUGGGAUUUCCGUGAUUCGUUUUUCAAUUUGACUGUCAAAGAAGUUCUUUUCCUGGAGUGGAUCCAGGCACGUUGCUCCGGCGCCCAAUUCAUCUUCAAAGGCGACGACGACGUCUUCGUUAACACCUACCGCAUCAUGGACUUUCUCAAGGGGCUCUCGGGACCCAAAGCCAAGGACCUGUUUGUGGGUGAUGUGAUCACGAAUGCGGGGCCCCACCGAGACAAGAGGGUCAAAUACUUCAUACCAGAGAGCAUGUAUGUUGGAAUCUACCCACCGUACGCAGGAGGAGGCGGCUACCUUUAUUCAGGUGACAUCGCCUUUCGCCUGCAUAACGCAUCUCAGCGCGUAGCGCUGUACCCAAUAGAUGACGUCUACACGGGUAUGUGUCUUCGUAAGUUGGGGCUGGCCCCCGAAAAGCACAAAGGCUUCAGGACUUUUAACAUAGAGGAGAAAUACAGGUCGAACCCCUGCGCUUACAAGAGCUUAAUGCUGGUUCACCCAAGGACCCCACAGGAGAUGAUCCAGAUCUGGGCCUGGCUCAGUAGACCCAACCUGACCUGCCAGUGACUGCAGUCAGUCUGAAAACAUGUCAGGAUAGAUCACAAGGAAGGCCAAAGGGCCAAAUAUUUUAACUUGAACUUUAAAAGUUGGCAGCUUUAAGUUAAGAUAUUACUACGAUGUCCACACGGAUCCUCUGCCUGGUUGAGCGUUGUGGCCUGAAAAAAUGAGGGCGGCGUGGCAGCGCAGAUUUUUCACAUUUUGUAUUAUGGCUCUAUUCCACAGAGGAGUUAACUCUGCUUAACUUUCAAAGGACCUUCACCCAAAGUGAAUAUCUUUGAGUUCAUAUAUUUAUAUCACAGCUAUUUAUAUGGCCUUUAUGUGCUUUAACACUGUCACCUCCACCACAAAGUGUCUCAAUGCUGUAUUAAAUAAAUGAGAGCUGGAAAGUGUCUGCCUGGCACCCAAGGGUCGUUUUGGUAAAGCUAUAACAUGCUGGUCAGGUUACUGAAGUGAGUAAAAGCAAUUGAUUGCUUUCUGAACACUGAAAAACAGUGGUUCCUGCUUUCCCGGUGAACACUUCCUCGUAGUCAUAGCUGGAGGCUUAGAUUGUGCUGCUAUUUCCAACCACACUCCCAGAAGUAUUUACUCACGACUCUAAAGCUCAGAGUUUUUGUUCACAUCAUUUCCUCAGUUUCCACUGGUGAGACUCUGCUCUCAGUCAGCCACAACAUUAAACCCACCUGCUGAAAUGUUUUUUUUAAAGGCCAGGUCUCUUUACCGAAGCCACCUUUGUGGUUUCGUAAAAGCAGUUCCCUUAAUUGGUGUGGCUGAUCAACGUUGGAGCAAUUAAAAUGAGACAGGGAUGUCUAGCCUCGCUCUCCGCAGCUCGGCCGGUCGGGGCUCAGAGAAAUCCAAAUGCUGGUCUAAAUCAGCUUCAGGUUCAAAAAGGUUUAACAAAAGCCCAAAGUACAUUUUCACAGGUGUGUCAUUUCAAGCUUUCGGUGUGACGUAUUGGCUAUGUGCCCGUGGAAAGCGUUGAAUGAGGAUAAAUGCUGCUUUACUGUGACCUGAGUGAGUCUAGAUUCUUUAAAACAGGCUGAACACGUACAUACACAAAUUGUUACUUGAUUAAAGUGUCCGUGGGUUUUGCAAGAGACUCUUAAGGGUUCUGUGUGUUGGUGAAAGCUUUAAAGUGUGUGUGAACUUGUGUUUUAUUUAAAAGUUGAUCCUUAGCUCAUUGUUGUUUAGCUUCAUUCACCUGACAAGAGACAUCCUGCACAUAUUUACCUUUCCCUCGUAUUUCAUAAAAUUCCUUCUGAGCAGUAUUGUAUGCACGACACGGUGAGAUGCUUGACUCGCACACAGCAUGAAGGGUAAUGGUGUUACUUCGUCUCUGUUAGAGCUCCCCCUGCUGGUCAGGGUGGCGGCAACAAAACAUUUUUUGCUAGAGCUUUGUAAACAGUGGCGAUCCCACGACUCCCAAACUGCCAACCACCUGAUUUAUUUAAAGCAUCGGCUUAUUACCGUAAUUAUCUCUGUGUUAGUCUCUACAUCCUUCGUGUAUCCGUUAUGUGACAUUUGUAAAUCAUCCUACAGACAAUCGCACCAGGUCUCUUGUUUUUUCUCUUUUCUUUUUGAACUUCAGUAUAUUCAUGCAGGAUAAGACCAACACUAAAAAGAGAAGAUAAGAACCUGAAAGACGUGUAUUUCAUGCUUCUGGAUUAUUUAAUAUUUCACUUGUUGUGUGCAUAGCGCUGUCACUGCUGACAUACAUGCCGUUAAUCGUUGCACUCCUCACUGUGUAGUUUCGCGGCUGCCUGAACUGUUUACAUCGCCUUCUAAUUGUUGCUUCAGCCUGAUGAUUGUCUACAGGUGUGUGGGUGUUGAAUUUGUUGAUUGGAAAAGGUGCACAAUUUAUCCAAGUUUGAACAGUCAGUGUUUUUCUGGCCUGAAUGUCCCGAAUGUGUCCAAGCUGGGGAUCAUGAAGGAAAUUCAGCUGAAUGUAACGAGGCCUGUGGCUGUUCUUCAUUGUGUGUUUUUUCUAUUUAAUCAAAGUUUAUGUGGAGUAUCUGUGUUGUUUUUAACCCACAGAAAGAUUUUUUUUUUUUUUGUGUGUGUGUGGUUUCUUUAAACUUUGGUUAAUGUGAGUUCCAGACACUUUUCGCUGCCUGCACGAGUCAAAGAUGAUUACCAAAUCUGUGCCUGAUGUUUGUAUGUACUGUAUGUCACGCAAACUUAAAUGUGAUCGCUUUAACAUCAUGUUUCAAUAAAGCUAUAUUUUAAUGGUUUUGUAGAUGCUGUUAUGUGAUUUUUAUGGUUUCUAAGGAUGUACAUGAGAAUUUAGAAAAAUCAAUCACGUCUGAUUACAAAAAAUCUUGAUGCUUCUUAAACCUCAAGUCACUUUUUUUUUUUUAUAACAAGCAUUUUAAAGCAGGAGUUAACCUAAAGAUACACACAUGCAAAGCAAGAUAUACGAAUAUUAAAAAAAAAAAAAUAGUUGGGAGGAUGACAUCAGCGACCUCGAGGCUGAAUGUGGAGGUGAUAGAUCUGUAAUAUAAUACGCAGCUGAUCCAUGAAAGGCUGUAAAAACAAACUAAACAUUUAGCCAGUGCAGCUGAAUCAAAACACGAGUGGUGUGUGGUCCUUUCUUGUUAAUGAUGUUAAACAGAAAUGCGUUUUUUCGUAAGGAAGCUAAAAAAAAAAUCUCUGGGUCACAGGAGCCUGUUCCCAAAGGUACGCUGUUAAAUCCAAGUCUUUCAGUGAGUUCAAAGCCCAAACUGGGGAAGAAAAUUAGAAACUGCUGGUCUGCUGGGAUUUUCCCACACAGCCGUCUGUGUUAAUGCCAGAGAAGACGGGCCUGAAACUCAAAUAACUACUCGUGACAUCUGAAGUGUGCAGAAGAGCAUCUCUGAACCCACAACACAUCAAACUUUGAAGCAGAUAGGAUGCAACAGCAGAACGCCACACCGUGUGCCACUACUAUCAGCUAAGAACAUGAAACUGAGGCUGUAAUUCACAUGGGCUCCAAAACAUUGAGCACUUUGACCUCUUUCCAAAACAGUUGGUCUCUCUGCAUUAAUAAUAUCUCUGAUAUAUUUGAUUGCAUACAUUUAGUUUUGCAGUUUCUUGCUUGCAUUAAGCUUUUAAAGUGAGCAGUUUAUUCAAUAUUUAAUAAACUACAUAUAUAUGUUCAACUUUUCAUUACCAAGUCUCCAUAUCAUAUCUUUUAAUGUCAAUGAAAUGGAGGACAUGAUCCCCAUCGCCUCACUGGUCUGUGAACAGUGGACCUCAUGAUGUGAAAUCUACAGAUUCCUUCCUGUAAAAGGUUAUUUAUCUCUUUAGUUAACCUUUAAAAAUUGACAAGAACAUGUGGUUCAAUUCAGUUGGAAAAAACAAUGAAAGUCCAUUCUAAUGUAGUAAUUGUGUCUCACCAGCAGAGGGCAGUAGCCGAUCAUUCUGCGGUAUUUUCUCCGUGUUUGGCGCUGACAUGGAUUUCUGCGCAGCUUGAGAGCAAGAAUGUAAACAGUGGGUCAAACAGCUGAAACAGGAUGUGCGAUGUCAGUUUCUCACAGAGCAUUUAUUUCAGUUGUUAAGCACAGAGAUGGGCACGAUUAGGAACAAGAGGAGAGUUACGCUCAGUGAGCAUGUGGGAAGUGUGUGUAUGUGGGAAAAAUUUAGAGGUACGUUUAAGAAAUAUAUGCUGCUAAAUUUGUUUAGCUUUUUAAUGUUUUUGUGAGAUUUUGCUCCUUUCUUGAAUAUAUUCUUAGACUGUUCUUUUUCCUUUACUUACACAGUUCAGUUUUUAAACCGAUUUAUGACGUUUGCAGCACUGAUGUGGAAACAGUUUUAUUUACAUUUUGCACAUAUCUGCAUGCAUAUAUGUAGAUAUGUUAUAAUACCAGACCUCUCCCUCUUUCUUUUUCUCUGGGUCUUCAAGUUUAUUGUAGCAGAGAUGAUUACACCUAACCAAAAAGAUUCAGAGGCUGUACAAAGUCAGACCUUUUUGAUGAAGUAAAAUCCCUGCAAUGAUAAAAAGAAAACCCCAGCAAUGACUGGCACUUGGUGACUGUAGGAAGGAGAAACUCGCUUUGAACAGGAAGAAAUCAGGCUCAAGGAGGGGCAGCCAUCUGCCGGGACCAGAUGGGGGUGAGGUGAAAGAAGUACAUGUGCUCUAAAUCAUCCUGAAAUCAACACCCAUGAUAACACUAAUGCAGCAGUCGUCUGUUAUGAUAACAGGAAGUUACUGUUAAAAAUUUGGAAUUCUGCUUGUUUAAAACUCAUUAAUAUAAACAGAUAUCUGGCAUCAGCAGACCAGAAUCUCUCAGCUCUCUCUCUUUCUCUGGGAUGUUUUUUAUUAAUUAUUUAUUUAUUUAUUUAUUUAUGGACCUCUUCACUCUGAGAGAAAGAAAGAAAAAAGUUCUCAGAGAUGACAGUCAUAUACCUGAGUCGUUUUCUCCCGCAGGUGUGGGAGUGUAAAAACUGUGUAUGUGUGUUUUCUGCAGACAGUCGGUGCGUACUCCUUUCUGAUAACAAUCCAAUGACCUUUUAAGGGAAAGAGACGCAGCUUUUUGGACUUCGGCUCUGUUUCCGCAGAUCUUUGCGAACAGAGAAUCCAAAACCUACACAACCUCUCCAGCUUCACAGACACAGAAUUCUGGCGUUUGUUAAAGUCUUCUUGGUAUGUAAGUGUGAAGAAAUGCUGAACAAUAAACACCUGAAUCCUGUUACAUCAGAGCAGAUUUAACUUGCUGUUGCAAUAAGAACAGAUCGGCCAAGCCUUCAGCCUGAAGUGUGUGCAUACUUAAAAAGGCUUCACAGUGUGGUGUGUGCUGCAGAGCAUCCAUGUCCUGGAAACAAAUUACAACCAGGAAGGGGGAGAGAGCUCGGCCUACUUUUUUUUUUUUUCUGUGUGUACUUUAGGUGUUCAGCCUUGAAAACUAUUUCCCUUUCCUCUUUACGUUCCACAGUUGCAUCCUUUGGAAGACUUCAGCACUCAUUAAUAAUAAGGAUGAUGAUAAUAGUAGACCCUGCUUGUCUCAUGUGUAGCCAUGACAUCCUGUUUAAGCUCAGGAGUCUGCUCAAAGUAACAACAGCUAGUUUCUCCACAGUAAGAAAAGUGCAGUUAAACUGGUUAUCUCAUAUUUAGCUGGGGUCAAACCUGAGCGCUGUAAUGUGUUUUUAUGUUUUUAUUCAUUCUAAUUUAUUUGAUAGUGUAUUCUUUCCAUUAAUCAUAGAGACUCGAGUAGUAACAUUAACUUGUUAUGAAACUUCGGCUUUUAUAUUUCAGUCAGUUCCCAAAAAGAGAGUGAAACCAGUUACAGUGAAAAUGGAAAAACGAACGCUCCGUGCAGUGAGUCCAGGUUUACUUUUCCCUGCUUGUAUAGACAGGCCCUCAUUGUCCUCUUUCGUGCCCGUUUGGAAAUUGCAGGAUUGUAAUUCGUUCCAGGUGACAGGAGCCGGAGAAGUGACAUUUUUCAUGGUUCUCCUUCACACAGCUGUUCUUAGAAAGCUGUUAAUUGUUUAUCCGUCGUGGGAAGUAAAAGCACCUGGAGCUUCUGCUGGAUGCAGGACAGGCUACACCCACCUACAGUCUGAUCCAGGUCUACAUGAAUCAGAGAGCGACAGCUGAGUCAUUCUGACCACGGAGCAGUUUUCCAAUUUCUCUUCCAGAGAAUUCUUUUUACUAAGAGGAAAAAAUGUACUGUUGAAGAUCUUCCUGCCUCCCUCUGUCUGUGGGCUGUAGCAUUAUUUUGAAUGCAUUCCUACUUAAUGUCUUUAUAAUCAUAUAUUUGAGUAAAAGAAGAUGUUUUGUUCAUUGCAUUUUAUUGCACACUGUAUGAUAUAGACUGAAUAUUUAUGCCUCACUGCAUCACUCUGGGAAUAACUAAGAGCUUGCAAACAAGAAAUGUUCAGCACAAAAUUUGACCCUCAAAUGAGCUCGAGAGCUGGACUCAUUAGUUAAGGACGGCAGUGCAUCGAGCCCAGUGAAAAGUGAAAAGAAACACACAGCGCUGAUGCAUGCAGACUCCGCUGCUGCAUAGCAUGACCUCAGACUGGAAGCACUGUGCUUGAAAGCAUAACCUGCACAGUUUAACUUCAGGGUGUAAAAUACGGCUGUUUUCUCAGAACCAGCAGUGCCUCAAAACCGCUCUGGCAUCUAUGCUAUGAAGCAACAGACCGAAACCCAACCUUUCCCUUUUCAGUAUGCAAUAUUUUAACUUAAACUACAAUCUUUUCCUAAACCUGUUUAGGUAGCUUCUGGUACAUGAGCAAAACUAAACAGCAAGUGAGAACAAAGUGGAAAACAAAGAGGUCCAAAUGAGACCUAUAAGGCUGUAUCAAAGCAGAUGGAGAAAGUAGCUGCAUCCCUUGCACCAUGGCACCAACUCCAAGACAAGGUAUGUCAUAAACAUACAUGUGGCAGAGUUGCAUUUUGCAUCAGGUUUUACCAUCAUUAAUGCUGUGACAGGAAAUAUUUUAAUAAAAGCAAUAGUGCUGAAAGGAAAUGUGGUCUUCUGAUUGACAACCCUCCAACUCUAAAAGAAUCUACCAGUAUUUUUUUGGUGCACAGUCUGGUGGUAAGAUGCAGGAAGCUGAAAACCCUGUGUUAAUGUGACACCUCGGGAUCAGAACCCACUAGAGAUUUCCUUGACUCAGCAACCUACAAACUACUAGACGCUUCUCUAGCUUUGGCAUUAACCUUUGAGUGCAAAGAUCAAAUCGGAGACAAAACUUCCAAACUCCAAAAAUAGCUCCAAAACCUGAGGUUAAAGUUAACGUCAGCUUAACGGAUUUUGACGUUAAAGUCAAGCAGAAGGAGGUGAUGAUCAAAUCUAAACGGAGGAGUCAGGCGGACCACAGCCUGACUCACCGAUGACAUCAUCAGGAUGUUGCCAGGAAGCCGAUAUGAUAAAGCGCAGAUGAGGUUCUGGGAAACUGAUGGCAGCAGCGAUUUUUCUCUCACACACAGGCACCCAUGAGCUGAUCUGUACGCCAGGCGUCCCAGGAGCUCUCGCUUCCUCAUCUGUCUCUGAAAUCAGUGUAGCACCUUUUGCUUAUCAUCACACACCUUUUACUCACACAGGCAAAUACAGCCACAUGUUUUUAAGCCUGUGCUGGCGACAGAAAGCUUCUGGCAUCAACAGGCGUCUGGAGAUAAAAAAAAUU